AUGCUGGUGCUCCCUGCUUUCAGCUUGUGUGCAGGGACAGCUGCCACUGCCACUGGAGCGCGCAAACGAUGCAGUUCCGCCCAGGCGGCCAAGAUACGCGAGGAAAGCCCGCCAGCGGACUUUGGCAUCUCCCGGGAUGCCGGGAACAGUCUGGGCACGUUCAGAAAGCGAAUAUGGCUGCCCCGGAGCGUGCUUCGCGUCCUGUGA